AGGGCUUUCAAAUAUUUCUGUUGCUAACAAAUCCAAGUGACAGGCGUCCGUUUUGAAUCUGACUAAAAUGACCAAAUUUAAAUGGAAGGGCCGUGCUUUGCAAUGUAUUUUCAUACUGCUCUAGUCCUGGCAUUUCUACACGCUGUAUCGUGUCAAGAAACUCUUUUUGGAGUAGUAAGCCUGAGCUUUUCACCCUUCACGAGCGUCUCACUCAACCAAAAUGGAGGAUCCGUCAAUGUCAGCCUUUUGCUUUAUGACAGUGCCACCAACAUGCAAAGCAUCAAUAGUACUGCAACCAUCGAUGAAGAUGUGAUUGUUAUGUGCAGUAUAAUCACCCCUUACGAGGAUGGCGACUCCCGGGUGGUAUUUAUGGACGAUGUUAUUCCAGCAUUUGCUGAGUCAGGUUUAAUUGACUUCAGUAUUGUGGAGCAAGGAAGAGUGGUUGAGGUUCAGUGUAGGGGUGAGACAUCACCUGAUAAUACCGGGACGACAUCCUACUUCAGCUUCGACACAUCAGCAGGACCUACAGGAUUUCUAGUGGUGAAGAAGAGUCCAGUGGUCAGUUUUUGUGAGUCGAUAAUCUUGGUUCCAAUCUCGACUGAUAUCACAUCAUCUACUGUGCAGGUUGAGUUGAGCGAGCCUGUAGUUGACUAUCGAGUUACUGUAUCCUGUGAUAUUAUUGGAGUAGUUGACGAAAAUGGAAUUGUUAUUGCCAGUGCAAACAAUUCCCUGUUGCUAGACUUCCAAGAUACAACAGUGGAACCAGGUGGCAGAACAGAUAUAAUAAUUUCAUACGACAUAAGGGAACUGGGAGACAUUGUGCAAGUAGCUUGUUAUGGAGCAUCUGAAGAAGGCAGCCAGUAUUUACAAAACACCUCACAAGGAGAAGCAGCGAUCUUCCAGUCAGAGACCAGCUCCGUCACCCUCAUCCCUUCCGUCACCUCCACCAGUGAUCCCCGCAUCUCUGUGUUCCUGGUCCUGGGUGCGGUCCUAACCCCCGGUGAAGGCUCUAUCACCUACGCUUGCUACGUGGAUCCCGUCAUGACCUACGAGCAGGGUCUGGAGAUCUCUUCGAACCCUACUUGCAUGACGCCGGACGAUGUGUUUGAACGGCCCACCCCACCACCAACUCUUACAACGAUUACCCCAGCACCGGAAGUUACCACUGACAACACCACUGACGCAAUAACUACGCCCACUACACCAGCUGCCCCUACCACCCCUGCCCCUACCACGCCCAACCCUACCACCCCCACCCAGCCCCCUACCCCCACCACCCCAGCACCAAGCAGCAGCUCCAAUGAGACUACUACACCAUGGCGCUUAGUAGAAUCAGAAAUAGCUUUUGAGGAAGGAGAUAUUUUCAAAGAGCUCACUUUGAACCUUGAUCCUGCCACGCCCACCUUCGACGGGGCCAUACUGGUGUCAUGUUGUGCCCCUCAGGACAUUAACUCCAACACCAAAUACAUCAAUACCUCUACCGCGUUGGUCUUCUAUGCGAACGUCCAGGAGCCUAGAGCCAUUAACUUUACAUUGGCCACAGAACUGGCUGAUCGUUUCUCAGAGUCUGCACUCCCUAACCCAGCCUAUGUUGACCUUUCACCUUGCCCUUGUGACCUGACCUCAGGUCACUGUGAUGCAGAAUGCUGCUGCGAUGAGGACUGUGAUGCAGCAGAUACUCUGGUAUUCAUGUGCUCCGAGGAAACAGAAGAAUCUCAAGUCACCAUCUAUGAUUGCAACAGCACAGAUCUUUACAAAGCAGACUAUUCACCUCUACUUUGUGUCCAAACGUCUAAUACCCCGUACCUGGGUCUGUACCACAGCACUGUGUCAGCCAUCCGAGAUAUAACAACCUUCAAUGCAGCCAAGGCCAGUAGCUUGACCAGCCGCGACACUAGCUACCAGGAUUCUGGUCUUCGGUCAUUGGAAUACCAAAGCCCAGAUAACUCACAGUACAGCAAUGGGGAUCCAGUGGAGCUUCUGUACGAUGAGGAGAUGAGAGGGUUCCUUGCGCUGCCACAGAUGACGCUGAGUGGGGAAUGCUUGUGGACAUCACCGGUCAAGUUUCAGGAGGAUCUGACCACACGCUGCACGUUGAUGCCCGAUCAGAGGCUCUGCCAGCAGUUCUCUCCCUUCAGUGCCCUGGUGUUUCUACGAUCGUCCACGGAAUCUUACCCGCCGUGCCCCAAGGAACCCAAAGUAGCUAGUCAGUAUGGUCAAGCAACAGAGGCCCCAGCGGAUGUUGAGUAUUACUGCCUUGAGGAUAUCUCAGACUACCUUUCAGAAGAAGCAGUUGACCAGGAUCUUUUUGGUCAGUAUGAAAGUUCUCUGUUUGCAGAGUAUCAGAAUGAUACAAGUGAGGAAAAGAUCCCAAAGCGUUGUGCAUGGGAUGAUGGUUAUACACAGCCACCAAUACCUUCCUACGAUAAUGAGACAAAACUGUGCUAUAGUUCAGUGGUGAGUGCAAGCUACGAGAUGUUCUGGCGUGGAGGAGAGAUCCUACGCAUCAAGGGUCAGGUCAUUCUGGGAGCUGUGCCACUCAUCCAAGAUCUCAGUAUUGGUAUCCUUGAGGAAGAGGAGUUUGUCUCUCCACCCCCUACCACAGAAGCACCUCUGACAACCCAACCUACUACAGAACUGAUGACUGACGACAUGAACAGUGUGACCAUCAUCACCGAUGUCACAGAAGUCUUUGAAACAGCUUUUACCGAUUUGACGGGGGCAACGGAUAAUAUGACUAUGUUUAUGUUUGAGGAAGAAGCCAACACGACUACAACUCCACAGAGCACUGUGACGAUGUUGCAGGGAACCACAUCAUCUACAACACAAUCUGUUUUGACACCACCAUCUACAACACCAGCCGUCACCACCUCUGUGUCAGUCACCUCACCGGCCAUAACAGAUGCUCCAUCAAACAUAACAGCCAAUAGCACUAUGGGUGUUGACAACAUCAACGCAACCACUGAUAUGACCACAGAGUCGCCCGUUACUACAGCUUCACCCUCCAACCCAGUCAACACCACGCCCCUCAACAUCACUUUAAGAUUCUCAACCACUUUCACCUAUCUCCCGGAGACUAUUGUCGACCCCCUGACAGGCCAGGACGUAGACCCCCCAGAAGCCUUUGAAAGAUCAGGAAACCCUGGAUACAUCAUUGGCAAACCCCUCCUGACUGGUUUGAUGGUGCAGACACCUCUGGUCUUACCCACCGACCCAGGACCGCCCAUCAAUUGCACAGAGUUUCCCACCAGCCCAGGCUGCAUUGAGAUACCUGAGAAUGAAACGGUGUAUGUCUUUGACAGUGUGGACACUUCUCCUUCAAAUCAGCUUCAAGUAUUCUCCCCAGGUGAUGGAAGCCUUUGUGCCCAUUCCUCCACAUCAACUCUGACCUUUGGAGAGGACACCAUGUCUGGAUGCAUCCUUCGAAUGGGCCAAUCAGAGCUCCAGAACUGCUCCGUCUUGGCAGCUUACAUGGAGGACCAGCUGAGGGCGCUAGUACCUGCAGAUCAGAUUGGAAAGAGAGGGAACUCCAGUGUGCUAGUAGAGGAGGAUUGGGCCUUAGUCUUCAAUCCUGACGAUCACCCUUUUGACCCACCUACAACCAUGUCUCCAACCACCGAAGCUCCCUUGGAGACCACGGCUGAUCCCUUCACAACACUCUUCCCUGAGCAGCGUUACGUGGACCCGGAACCCCCUAUCCAGCCGGUGGAACAGCUCACGAGCAGGUGUAGUGGUAUACCUACCAGUGUGAAUCUGGAAGUGCUCAUUGCAGAGGCGGGGGUGUACAGUGGAGUGACGCAAUAUGAGGUGCUGGCAGCCAGAAUUCAGUACAGUACUUCAAUGAUGACUCUGACCUGUUCAGGUUCUCUAGGGGCAAGCUGCUACCUUGAGGACCAACCCGUUGUAUCUGAUCCUGCAGGGAACGGUACAAUCGUCCAAUCAUUCCCUGUCUACAGCACAGUGACAUACACAACAGUCCCUGCCGUGGAACCAGAACCAGUUAUAUUGUAUUUCAAGGACUAUGACCCUGAUCUGUGUAGGCAGGAUGCGUGUCUCUCUGAGCUCUUCUAUCCAAUCUCUAAAGGGUUUGAUGGGGACACCUACCAGUACUCCAUAGCCAUAUCCUUGGUGAUUGUUGUCAUUACUGUGGCUUAUUUUAUUGUGACAUCACCUUGGGCACACUUAUGAUGAAAACUCAAGAGGGUAAUAUUCUCGAAAGCGGACUAACUUUAGUCCAUGGUUUAAUCCACCGACUAAGUAUGAAAUGCCAAGUGUCAAUAUGAAUAUGUUUUUGAAUAAG